AUGUUCCCCACUUCGCUUCGCGUUCUGCCCCGCGCUCUAAACACUCGCGCUUUUUCGUCGACGCCUUCGUCGGCCCUCUCGCGUGUGACGCUGAUUGGCCGUCUGGUCGCCUCGCCGGAGGUGCGUGAAAGCCGCAACGGCAAGGAGUACCUUCGCUACGUGCUGGCCACCACGGACCAGCCCGGCCCGCCUAACGAGGAUGGCUCGCCGGCCACCCCGACUUCGUCGUUCCACUCGAUCUUCGCGUUCGGUGAGAACACGGUGAACCGCCUGAAGGACGUGCCCAAGGGUUCGCUCCUGUACGUGGAGGGCGAUUUCCGUGUGGUGCGCACUCCGGGUGAGGAGGACAUGCCGCCGCAGGAGCAGUGGCUGGUGCAGCACCGCAACUACCGCGUGCUCAUGCGCCCCAAGACGGAUUCGGCUUAA